AUGACUAUUGAUCCACUCGUCAAGUUCGCUGUUAGACCAGACGGUCGAAUCAUCACUCACGAGCCUACCCUCACACUACAAUACGACAAAUGGGCCGACGAGAUGCAAACGCUCAGUAUACCCGGCGAACACCUUCCUCGAUAUGCGAUCAAGCGAGUCACAAAGUUUGGCGGCGCUCGGGGACACAAGUUUGAAGUAUACUCUACCACCGACAAAGUACAACGCAUCGCUAGCAUUAAACACCACUCGAUGCCGCCCAGAAUCGAAAUCAACAUGAGCAAAACCGACCAUAAAGUCAAAAUAAAAACACACGAUACCUCACGGCAAUACGAUGCAGCGGGCGGUCUCGGACGUUUAUGCUGGAAGAGUACGGGCUCGAAAGCUUGUUGGAAACUCAAGAACGACAAGGGUCUUGUUUUGUUGGUGACGAUAGACGAGAGUAAAACCAGCGGGAUUAUCAGUAUAUACAAGAAACAACUGGAAAAAGAAGUGAUUGAGGAAUUAUUGGCUGUCGCUGUCGCUCAGAUCGAGGACUAUAACAGGAUAUCGAAGAAUUUUCAAAGGAGGGGGAAAAAUUCAUAA